UUGUUGGUGUGGGCGGGACUUCCUGCGGCCUUGGUAACCGCAUGGUAACGCGCCUGGAAGCCCCGAAUUCCCGCUCACGUUUACAAGACUCACCCAGGGCCUCGGGGAGCCGUCAGUUAGUCCGAGCCGAUAGCUCACAGCCAGCCCCGCUUUAGUCUCUCCUCUCGCAGAAGGAGAUCCGGCGCCAUGAAGAUCGAGGAGGUGAAGAGCACCACGAAGACCCAGCGCAUCGCUACCCACAGCCACGUGAAGGGCCUGGGACUGGAUGAGAGCGGGCUGGCGAAGCAGGCGGCCGCUGGGCUGGUGGGCCAGGAGAACGCCCGGGAGGCAUGUGGCGUAAUAGUGGAGCUAAUUAAAAGCAAGAAAAUGGCUGGGAGAGCUGUGCUUCUGGCAGGACCUCCUGGAACUGGCAAGACUGCACUGGCUCUUGCAAUUGCUCAGGAAUUAGGUAGCAAAGUCCCUUUCUGUCCCAUGGUUGGUAGCGAAGUCUAUUCCACUGAAAUCAAGAAAACAGAAGUUUUGAUGGAGAAUUUCCGCAGAGCCAUUGGUCUCCGAAUACGCGAAACUAAAGAGGUUUAUGAAGGUGAGGUGACGGAAUUAACACCUUGUGAAACAGAAAAUCCAAUGGGCGGAUACGGCAAGACCAUCAGUCAUGUUAUUAUUGGCUUAAAAACUGCAAAAGGAACCAAACAACUUAAGCUGGAUCCCAGCAUCUAUGAGAGCCUGCAAAAAGAACGUGUGGAAGUUGGUGAUGUUAUUUACAUUGAAGCAAACAGUGGAGCAGUGAAGAGGCAGGGACGAUGCGAUACCUAUGCUACAGAAUUCGACCUUGAAGCUGAGGAGUAUGUCCCUUUGCCGAAGGGAGAUGUUCACAAGAAGAAAGAAGUGAUUCAGGAUGUCACACUGCACGACCUGGAUGUUGCCAAUGCAAGGCCGCAGGGAGGACAAGACAUCCUUUCUAUGAUGGGACAACUGAUGAAGCCAAAGAAAACUGAAAUUACAGACAAACUGAGAGGGGAGAUCAAUAAAGUAGUGAACAAGUACAUUGACCAAGGGAUCGCAGAACUGGUACCCGGUGUGCUAUUCAUAGAUGAGGUGCACAUGCUGGACAUUGAAUGUUUUACCUAUUUGCACCGGGCACUGGAGUCCUCCCUCGCUCCUAUUGUCAUCUUUGCUACAAACCGUGGAAAUUGUCUCAUCAGAGGCACAGAAGAUGUACUGUCACCACACGGAAUUCCCCUGGAUCUUCUAGACCGAGUCAUGAUUAUACGGACCAUGCUCUACACUCCAUUAGAAAUGAAGCAGAUCAUAAAGAUCCGAGCACAGACUGAGGGGAUAAACAUUAGUGAAGAAGCCUUGAAUCAUCUUGGAGACGUGGGCACCAAGACAACGUUAAGAUACUCGGUGCAGCUGCUAACGCCAGCCAAUCUUCUCGCUAAAAUCAACGGCAAAGACGGCAUAGAAAAGGAGCACGUGGAAGAAAUCGGUGAGCUGUUUUACGACGCCAAAUCAUCUGCUAAAAUCCUUGCUGAGCAGCAAGAAAAGUACAUGAAAUGAAGAAUAAGGUGGGACCUCUUGACCAGAGCCAGAGGUGGCUUAUAAUCUCAGAGACUGGUUUGCCGAAUCGGUGGAAUAUACCGUGUUCAUAUCAUCAUUGUAGUGAGAUUUAUGGGGGCUGAAGACUUUGACUCAUGACUGAAGCAGUUCAUGUACCACCUGUUCGGAUUGCGAUAAAGUGGACUUUAAUAUUAUGUUUUUCUUAAAAU